CGAUUCCGUUACGUCGAACGUCGGCGUACUCACGGCCAGCUAUCAACUUUAAUGCAUUUGCUACAAAGUAGCACUUGUUCGGAAAAAGAACAAAAAACGUCUUUGAACCUUUUAUUGCAAAACUCUGAUUAUACGCCAUACAAACGCGUGUGUCAGUCACAGAGAGACUCUUAAUAAAGCUUUAUUUUGAUACACGUGAACACGUUUACUCAUUUUACAUGUUAAAAGUUUAAAGUUAAAUGUAAAAUGUCCUGCAAACGCGUCUGAUAAAGCUGAAUGACUUUUCUGCAGACGACAUCAGGUCAGUGGCAGAUGAGGAAGUAGCGGUCUGACUGAAACAAAUGGACAGGAUAUGAGACUCACAGCUCAUGAAAAUUUGUUUACAACAGAGAUUAUAACGCCGAAAACAAAUUCGGAUUGAUUGAGUGAAACACUGUGAAGUAUAAAGAGACCAACCCAAAAGACUUAUCGCCAUGACGACCUCAGCACCAAUCAGAUUACGUGUUUUCUCUCUCAACUGCUGGGGGAUCAGAUACCUCAGUAAGAACUGCAUAGAGCGAUUUGUUCUGAUCGGAGACCUGCUGAAUCAGGAACAGCUUGAUAUAGCAUUACUGCAGGAGGUCUGGUGCGAGAAAGACUUUCUGUUUUUAAAGAAGAAUCUUGGCAGUGUCUAUCCGUAUUCACAUUAUUUUAAAAGUGGAUUUAUAGGGAGCGGAUUGGCCGUCUUUUCCAGACAUCGAAUCCAUGAUGCCUUUUUGUACAGAUACUCAUUAAAUGGAUAUCCAUACAUGGCACAACAUGGCGACUGGUUUGGUGGCAAGGCCGUCGGGAAGGUCUUGCUUAACAUCAGUGGGCUGACGGUUCAUGUCUUUGUAACUCAUCUGCAUGCAGAAUAUUGCAGAGAGAAAGAUUCGUAUCUCCCGCACCGAGUGGUUCAAGCCUGGGAGCUGCAACAGUUCAUAAGGCAUACUAGUGCUGGAGCGGAUGUGGUGAUUCUGGGUGGAGAUCUGAACAUGCAUCCGGACGAUCUCGGUACCAGACUGCUGAGAAACUACACUGGACUAAUGGAUAGCUUCAGUGAGGCCGCCAAGUUUGACGGAUGUGAGGAAGGAUUCACCCAUAUAUCUGAAAACCCUUUCACACACACGGAUGGUCUCGUUCCAUUUGGGGGAGGAGUUCGGAUAGACUACAUCCUGUUCAAGGGAUCAGGGGAAGUAGAUGUGAGCUGUGAGUCUUUGUCCACCACUAAAGGUCCAGUUCCUGGACAGCCUUUUCCUUACUCUGACCAUGAAGCUCUCACUGCCGAGUUCCUGUUUACACCAACUAAAAAGGGAAAUGGAUGCUCAGAGAGAGAAUUUGGCUGUGUUUCAGAUAAGCUUCCUGAGCUGAUCAACACAGUCAAUGAAGCUCGUACUGAAGUAAAGGUGGGUCUACACUGCUCUGAGCGCAUGCGCCACACCGCGGCACGUACAGGCAUCAUGGGUCUUGUCCUGUUAGUACUUGAGCUAGCCAUCGCCGCUGUCCCAUUGUUUGCUCUGGGAGCUGAACAGCCCUUUCCUAAAGCCUCUUUCUACCUGCUGGGGGCGCUGUGCUUUGCAGUCCUCCUCUCUACGCUGAUGCUCUACAUCUUCUACAGCAUUGAGGUGAAGGCACUGCAAGGCACGGAGGACCAGAUGAGACUGGCACUAAGUAGCCUUCAUGAACGGAUUAAGGAGUCUCCCAAAGUUCUAUCCUCGGACCAUUUGCAAAAUCCACUAGACAGCAAGGAUUCUGUGCAUUUGUAGCCAGAUAGCUGAAUUAAAUGUGGUGUUUGGAUGGAAUUCUGAACUGAAACUGGAGAAGGAGACUGGGUCACUAUUUUAUGAUGUCUUAACUCAACUGAACACACCCGCUUUUAUAAAGUAUUCUGCUUUUUCACACUGUUUAAAGGUUUUUUUGUUUGUUUGUUUUGACUACAUUUUAAAGGAUAUUCUGGGAACAAAGAAAGCAGGAAAUUAGACAACAAGUUAGCAAAAUAAUUAAUUUCAUGACAGAUCUACUUCACUUUAGAACAGUUGCUCUUAACCAGGUGGCCUCAGCAAACUUGAGGCUGCAGGAUGAUAUAUAUAUAUAUAUAUAUAUAUAUAUAUAUAUAUAUAUAUAUAUAUAUAUAUAUAUAUAAUACAUUAUACAUUAAUAUAAUACAUAAUUAAUAUUGUUGUUAUUAAUAAUAGGAAUAUUAUUAAUAAUUUUAAUGUAAAUUAAUAUGAUUAAUUUUAAUUAUAAUAAUUAAAAUGCUAAAAAACCCAUUCAAUCGUGAACUGAAAUCACAUUUCUUUUUUCCCACAAUAACUAAUAAAUUGUUUUUAGCGAAAAUCAUACAGUUCUUAAAACUUCUGCAAUCAUUAUAUAUGAAUGAAUGAAUGAAUGUAUAUAUGUAUGUAGGUACUGUAGGUUGAGAACCAGUACUUUAGAAGAAUGGACCACUAUCAAUCACAUAUGACAGCUCAUAAUCACUUGCUAAUUGAAUAUUCUUUUGUUCGUUAACCUUUGUAAGUGAAGACCUGCUGGGCAGGUGUUUCUGUCCUUUAUACAUGUUAAAUGUUUCCAAUCACCAGCUUUUGAAGUUUGCAUUUAUUGUGAUCGUGUAUGGUUAUGUUCAUAAUAAGGCCAUUUUGGGAUACCAGGAACAACCUCAUAUCUUCAGCUAUUUUACAGUUUGGGGAAAGUCAAGGUGAGAAAGAUAAAAGCAUACAAUGCAUUGUCAUGAUGUUGUCAUUUAGAUUUUGUUUUGUCAAACCACUCCAGAACUGUGUCUGUGAAGUUAUUUUCCUUUUGUUUAACAUGUCAACAACCUCAUUUAUCUCUAAUAUAACAGUUUUGUUACACAAGUCUACCUUUUAUAAAAAGAAUAAACAAUGCACAUCAAUUUUUCA